CGUGGCCGCUGUCGCGAGCUUGCCACAGCAACAACAACUGUGGACGCGGAACGGACGGAGGGAGCAGUGACAGCGGCUGUCCUCGUUGCAUAGGGCCAACACAGCUGGAAAUACCUCCAAAGAAGAAGAAGAAGUUGGAGGCCCCAGUGCCUAAGUUUUCCAGAGGAAUUACUCAGCUCUCCUUUGGCAUGGAAUAAAUCUCGGAAAGGUUUUGGUGCCUCUACCACACAUUACACCCUUGUUUUGGGGGAGUUUUAGCUGGAACAGUCAUGUGUUGAGUAAACACAAGGGACAACCAUGAAGCAGCCACGGGAGUGACCUCAGUGGACACCGCAGCCUAAAGGUGCCUCUCAUUGGGCACCAUGGCUUCCAAGGAGAGGCUGUAUGAAGUGUGGAUGCUCUACUGCUCAAAGAGGGAUCCAGACUACUUCAAGAAAUGGCUGGAGAUUUUCAUCGGCACGUACGAGCAAUGCCUAGACGUGGACUUUGAAAAGCCCCUUUCCAGACCAGAGGAGGUUCCGCCGGUGUUGACGCUCCUGCCUGACAACAUCCUCCAGGUUUUGCGUCACCAGCUGCUGCAAUGUGUCCAAAAAGCCUCAGACGGUUUGGAGCCCGAGCAGCAAAAUCUGGCUCUGCUGCUUCUGAAGUUCCUCAUCAUCAUCUGCAGAAACCUGUCCAAUGUCGAGGAGAUCGGCACCUGCUCCUACAUCAAUCACAUCAUCACCAUGACAACACUUUACAUCCAGCAGCUGAAGAGUCGUACCAAGGAGAAGGAGAUGAUGGACCAGAGUCAGGCAGAAGACUUUGUUCGUCACGCGCUGGCGUUCUGUGAGAGCCUCUAUGAUCCGUACCGCAACUGGAGGCAUCGAACCAGCGGGGAGCAGCUGGGUUCGGUAGAGAGGAGCAGACAGAAGUUCAAGGCAGCUCCACUCACUGUUGAGUUUGUUCCCUUCUUCUAUCAGUGCUUCCAGGAGAGCGAGCACCUGAAGGAGAGUCUGAAAUGCUGCCUGCUGCACCUGUUUGGGGCCAUCGUAGCCGGGGAUCAGAGGAACGCUCUGCUUGCCAUCUCUCCAGCCACCAUGGAGGUGUUGAUGCGAGUGCUGGCUGACAGCUACAUGGGCAGCAACUCGUCAGACGAGACCGAGGACUGGGACAGCGAGACCGUCAGCCCUAUGGCCCUGCUGACUCUGGGCUGCCUCAGAGAGGUGGUGCAGUGCCUGCUGGCCUCCAGCUCCGACCAGCGCCAGGUGGAAAUCGCCUCCGUUUUAGAAAACUACUUCAAGCUGCUGAACUCGGAUCCCGCGGUGGUAAUCUCAGCUCGGCAGCAGCAACAAGCCAAGGGCCGAGUCUCCACACCGGGCCGACACUGGGAGUGUCGGUUUGUGGCGCUGCAAGUCCACAUGCUUGACACAAUCAGGGACAUGUUCCUGUGCUCCGACAGGCCGGUUCUACAAGCCAUCUUCCUCAACAGUAACUGUUUUGAGCAUUUGAUCCGCCUGCUGCAGAACAGCAAGCUGGUUAAUGCUAGGUGCACCGCGGCAGACAAGGACCAGAAAGAUAUAACCAACAACAGGUUACAGACAGAGGGAGACGCUCAGGUCUUCCAAGGGCGACUGGACUCCCUGGCUGUAGCGACCAUCAAAGCCCUGACAACUGUGAUGCAUAAAUCACCAGCUGCAAAGGAGGUUUUUACGGAGCGAAUUGGUUACAAUCAUCUGUAUGAAGUUCUAAUUUCACUCAGUCAGCCAUCUCGACACCUUCUUAAGGAGCUAAUGAACAUGGCUGUGGAGGGGGAGCACGCCUCUGUGGGCCUCCUUGGCAUCAGUAACGUGGAGCCGUUGCUGCUGCUGGUCCAGUGGCUCCCAGAACUGGACUCACCGGAACUGCAGCUGUUUACGGCCGAUUGGCUCCGCCGCCUCUGCUGCCUCAACCGCCAGACCCGGGCCACCUGCGUCAACGCCGCCAUGGUCAUGCGGGCUUUAGUUGCCCUGGAACGCCACGAGCGGCUCCACCGGGCCUGUGCCGAGAGCCUGUUAGGGCUGGUGGGCUCACUGGGCUCACAGUCUCUUAGUGCCAGAGAACUGCUAGGAUUCCUACGUCUGCUCAGGCCCACGGAGUCCAACGAAGCUCACCCGUAUGUAGGUCCGGCUCUGAGGGCCCUCCUGACCAUGGUUCGCAAGCAGGGACUGGAAAGCGCCAUGCAGUACUUUGACCUGUCGCCCAGCAUGGCCGGCAUCGUGGUUCCGACGGUCCAGCGCUGGCCGGGGUCCGCCUUCAGCUUCCACGCUUGGCUGUCUCUAGACCAGGAGCAGCUGGGACCGCUCGGCAAGGACAAGCGAAAGCAGCUCUACAGCUUUUUCACCCCAGGGGGGACGGGCUUCGAGGCGUUCUUCAGCUCGGCGGGGGCCCUGGUGGUGGCCGUGUGCACCAAGAAGGAGUACGUGACGGUGUUGCUGCCUGACUACUGCUUCUGCGACUCCCUCUGGCACAGCAUCGCCGUGGUGCACGUCCCAGGAAAAAGGCCGUUUGGACAAAGUCUCGUCUACAUUUACGUGGACGGACAGCAGAAGUUAUCCGCCCCCCUGAAGUACCCCGCCAUGACUGAGACGUUCACCUCCUGCUGCAUUGGCUCCGCCGGACAACGCACCACCACUCCUCCUCCCUCCCAGAUUCCAGACCCCCCCUUCUCCCCCACCGUCACGCCCACCUCCCGCUCCUCGCUAGGCGGCAUCCUCUGGGGAGGGCUCCUGGGGGGAAAGCCCGAGUCUGUGACGAAGCUGAUCUCAGCUGGGACCCAGGACAGCGAGUGGGGGAGCCCCACCUCCCUCCAGGGACAGCUCGGGAGCGUGUUGGUGUUCCACGAGCCGCUGCAGGCCAACCACAUCAAAGCCAUCUGCAGCGCCGGUCCAAACUGCAUCUCUCCUUUUAAGGUCCAGGAAUCAGAACUGGUGGAUGUUUCUACCAAGCUGCUGCUCCAUUACUCACCCAAGGCCUGCAGAAACCCCAUCUGCCUGGAUCUGUCUCCGAACGCGCUUCACGGACGUCUAACGGGGAAGAAAGUCGUUAACUGGGACAUCAAGGAUAUGAUCAACUGUGUGGGCGGCCUGCCGGUCCUCUUCCCCGUACUGGAGCAGCUGGCUCUGGUGACCCCUGGCCUGCAGACCAGUGACCCUGCAGCUGUGUCGGACUUCAUCACCCCCGACGUGACCACGCCAGCAGACGGAGACUGGGUCAUUCUGCCCACCAACAGAGCCUCAGAGGCGCGUCUGGAGAAGAAUCUGGUGGCCACGUUCCUGUUGGUGCUUAAACAUUUUCUGCAGAGACACCAGAUCAACCAGGAGAAUCUGCUCCACUCGCACGGCGUGGGAACGCUGGGAGCCCUGCUGCAAAAGCUCCCGGCGGGUCAGGUGGACGUCAGCGUUCUGGUUGCCGUGCAGCUGCUGGUGGAGCAGGUGACCUGUGAGAAGAACCAUAGUCUGCUGCAGCAGCUGCACACGCAGCUGCUGUUCAACUUCAACAUCUGGAACAAAGGAGACUUCCCACUGCGCAUAGGUCACAUCCAGUACAUGUCCACCAUCAUCAAAGACAACAGGAAGCAGUUCAGGAAGAAAUACGGCGUUCAGUUUUUGUUGGACACGACGCGGCUCUACUACGGUAAAAAUAAAGAGAACGACAUGAAUGACGACGAUGUUCGCACCAUCCGAGCGUCUCUGGGCGGCCUCAUCAAGUACUACAUCAGCAAGGGCAUGUCGCAGGAGGAAAUGCAAAGCAUUCUGGGAUACAUUGCUGCCAUCGGGGAUGAAGAGCAGCUUUGCUGCCUGUUAGAAAUGUUGCUCAGCCUCCUCCAGAGCAGCCCGGCUAAAGAUCAGCUCUUCCUGCUCCUGUUUGAGCCGGCCGCCGCCGACUCUUGCUACACGCUGCUCCUCAAUAAUAAACAUUCCGACCGACUCCGAGAGCUCGUCUUCAAGCUGUUUGAGCGGAUGCUUCGCUGCGACCGCGUUUACGAGAAGAACAAGCAGCGUCUGCGCCUGCGUGAGGCGGGGUACACCGGUCUGUCUCUGGUCUUCUCUGAGCUCCACAUCACCCCCACUUUGAUCCGCUGCCUCCUCAAUCAGGUCCUCCAUACGGAUCCUGUGGUGAGCUACAAGGACCUGAUGGCUCUGGUGCAGCUCACUCACCGGGCUGGACCCAGCGUUCGCCUCAUCGUCUGCAAAAGGGUGUUCCAGCUGAUCCAGUCCCAGCCAGACGCGGCGCUGCAGAUCUCCAAGCAGCAGUGCUGGCAGGACACCCUGAUGCGGCUCUACCUCCGGGGCGAAGGCUCCCAGCCACUCCGCGGCGCCGACUCGGUCAGCACCUGCAGCCUCGACCUCAACCGGAUCAGCGGCUCCAACCGUCUGGAGCUCCCGCUGGAGAAGAGGGGACGCGCGGGUAGCGCCGGCCGUCUGGAGGACGACCGCGUCAGCAUCGGGGACGCCCGCUCCCUAGACAGCCUAGAAAACAGCGACGCCAUCUCCCUGCUGGACACGCCGUCCUCCUCGACCUCCAAUGAGCCGCCGCUCCCGCUCAAACCUUGGGUGGCGGGUAAGUCGGGGGGGCUGACGUUAGACCUGUCCCACCUGCAGACGUACGAGGGCGGGGAGAACGGCACCCAGACACCCGGGAGCAUGCCCAGCACGCCCUCUCCCCUGGAAACAUCAAAGCCGUUUCCAGGACAAGCUGCUGACCGAGACACAACUUCCUGUCUGACUGAGGACAGCUUCCUGUUCAGUGACAACAUCUCACUGGGGGAGUCGUUUAACAACGCAGAGAGGGCAGAGGAGGAACUGUGCAGCAUGCUCCUGGAGAUCGUCCUGUGUGUGAUGUGGCGAGGCGUGGAGGGCUCGGACGACUCUGCGUGGCUGGAGCGUGGUCAGGUCUUCUCGGCUCUCACCAAACUGGGAACCGCCAACGAGCUGCUGCUUCCUGUGGAUCAGAUCAAGCUCGGCCUGUUGGAGCGUCUGCUGGAGUGGGCCGUGAGCGACAACCGCGAAGCGUCCGCCGCGAAGCUGCCCCAGCACACGGAGAACGCCGUCCGGCUGCUGCACAUGGUGCAGGACUUCCUGCAGGCCGAGGGCUUGGUCAACCCGGCGCUGUGGACGGAGAAGGUUCUGGAGGAGACCGUGACCCUGAUGGACUGCCUCAUGGUGUGGUACUCGGCUGGAUCCCAGUGGCUCCAGCUGUCCCAGGUUGGACUGAGACUUCUCCUGGGCUUCAUGUCUCAAGAAGACCCAGAGGUGUGCGCCAUGGCAACCGCCAAGCUCAACGGCAUCCUGCAGACCAAGGAGGUGUCCAGCCAGGACGAGGCGUGCUACCUGCUGGGGAAGCUGGAGGGAAUCCUGCGGCGCUCCAUCCAGGAGCGGACGGAUGAGAUCUACUCUUUCCUGGUUCCGGUGCUGCGGACGCUGCUGUCCAAGGUCAGCCGCCUCCUCUACAUGGAGCUGCACCUGCCCCAGCUCCCCGACACCAGCGGAAGCCCGUCCUUCUUCGAGGACUUCAAGCUGUACUGCAACACACCCGAGUGGCGCGUCUACCUGGACAAAUACAUUAUUCCGUACAUGAAGCAGUAUGAAAUCGAGAUGUUCAGCCAGGGUCACGAGACCAUGGCUCUGUACUGGAAGGAGUGCUACGAGGCCUUCAUGCUCAGCCUACACAAGAGGGAGAGAGAGAGGGGCGAGAGCAAGCUCCGCUUCCAGGAACAGUUUGUGGAGCCGUUCUCUCGCCGCAGCCGCCAGGAGAACCUGCGCUACAACAACAUGCUAAAGCAGCAGCACAGCCAGAACAGCGCCACCCUCAGGCAGUGGAAGGCAGCACGGCGGGGUCUGGUGUGUGAGAGGGGGCCCUGGGCGCACAGGCAGCAGGAGGAGAUGCACUGGAGGGUGUCGAGUGCCGAGAACUACUCCAGGAUGAGGCUGAAACUCGUCCGCAGUUACAACUUCGAUGCUCACCGGGAGGCCAGCGCUCUGAGGGACAACCUGGGUGUCCAUCAGCAGCGCACGAACCCAGAGUCUCUGCUGCUGGAGGCCGUCAAACAGGUCAAAGUCAGCGACCUGGAGGACGACAUCUUGGAUCUGCCAGAGGACGAUCCGGCCGCCGCCGCCAACAACCUGGCUGAAGCAGAGGAGGCGGGUCAGAAGGAGAAGCUGGUCCUGUGGGAGGACUGCGAACUGGUGACGGUGGUGGACGUGGUCCCCGGCCGCCUGGAGCUCACCACUCAGCACAUCUACUUCUACGACGGCAGCCAGGAGAAGGAGGAGGGAGUCGGCCAUGACUUCAAGUGGCCGCUGUCUCAGAUACGAGAGGUCCACCUCAGGAGGUACAACCUGCGCCGCUCGGCUCUGGAGAUCUUCCUCAUUGACCAGACGAACUAUUUCCUCAACUUUAAAAAAGAGGCGAGAAACAAAGUCUACAGCCGGAUGCUUCUGCUGCGAUCUCUCAACCUCUACGGAACGCGUUCUCCACAGGAACUCCUGAAGGCGUCAGGGCUCACGCAGAAAUGGGUGAAUCGAGAGAUUUCCAACUUUGACUACUUGAUGCAACUCAACACGAUUGCAGGCAGGACGUACAACGACCUCUCCCAGUACCCAGUGUUUCCCUGGAUUCUGUCGGACUACACGUCAGAGGAGCUGGACCUCUCUGAUCCUCAGGUGUUCCGGGACCUGUCGAAGCCAGUGGCCGUGCAAAACGAACGCAACGCUAAAGCAGUUAGAGAAAAGUACGAAAGCUUCGAGGACCCAACAGGCACCAUCGACAGAUUCCACUACGGCACACACUACUCAAACGCGGCUGGCGUCAUGCACUACUUGAUCCGAGUGGAGCCCUUCACCUCCCUGCACAUCCAGCUGCAGAGCGGGCGGUUUGACUGCGCUGACCGUCAGUUCCAUUCAAUCCCAGCGACGUGGCAGACCCUCAUGGACAACCCCAACGACGUCAAGGAGCUCAUCCCAGAGUUCUUCUACUUCCCAGAGUUUUUAGAGAACCUAAACGCCUUCGAUCUGGGCCGCCUGCAGAUCUCUAAGGAGAGUGUAAACGAUGUGGUUCUACCCAAAUGGGCCAAAUCCCCUGAGGACUUCAUCUACAAACACCGUAAAGCUCUGGAGUCCGAGUACGUGUCAGCGCACCUCCAUGAAUGGAUCGACCUAAUCUUUGGUUACAAGCAGAGAGGGCCCGCCGCUGUGGAGGCGCUCAACGUCUUCUACUAUUGCACUUACGAGGGAGCGGUGGACCUAGACGCCAUCACUGAUGAGAAAGAGCGUAAAGCUGUGGAAGGGAUGAUCAGUAACUUUGGUCAGACCCCCUGCCAGUUACUCAAGGAGCCCCAUCCAGUGCGUCUGUCCCAGGAGGAAGUGGAGAAGAGGAAGUCUAAGAUGGACUCAUGUCCUCUCAACAUGUUUGAACAGCUCAGCGACCUCAAGUCCUUCUUUGUUGAGGGGAUCAGUGACAACGUGCCGCUGGUCAAAGCCGUCGUGCCAAAGAAUCAGUCUCGGUCCUUUAUCACCCAGGGGAGUCCCGACACCAUGGUAACCGUGAGCCAAAACUGCCUGAUGGGGACUCAUGGGUGGCUGCCUUACAACAAGAACAUCUCCAACUACUUCACCUUUAUUAAGGACCCCACGGUGUCCAACACUAAAACCCAGCGCUUCCUGUCAGAGCCCUUCGCCCCCGGUGUGGACGUAACAGCAGGACUGUUUGUCGUCUCCCACGACGGGAAGUUGCUGUUCAGCGGCGGACACUGGGACAACAGUCUUCGUGUCACGUCGCUAGUCAAGGGCAGGACUGUGGGACAGCACAUCAGACACAUGGACAUCGUGACCUGCUUAGCAACGGACCACUGUGGGAUCCACCUGAUCUCCGGCUCCAGAGACACAACCUGCAUGGUGUGGCAGGUUCUGCAGCAGGGUGGAGCUCCUGUGGGUCUCUCCCCCAAACCUGUCCAGGUGUUGUACGGACACACAGACGAGGUGGUCAGCGUCGCCAUCAGCACCGAGCUCGAUAUGGCCGUCUCUGGAUCUCGAGACGGAACCGUGAUCAUCCACACGGUGCGUCGGGGUCAGUACAUGCGAUGCCUGCGACCGCCCUGCGACAGCUCCCUCCCGCUCUCCGUCCUCCACCUGGCUGUUUCCUGGGAGGGUCACCUGCUGGUCCACACGUGCCUGGAGGGCAAAGCCACCCUGAAGGAUAAAAACAUGCUCCACCUUUACUCUGUGAACGGGAAGCACCUGUGCAGCGAAGCUCUGAAGGAGCAGCUGACCGACAUGUGCGUUUCUGGGGAGUACGUGGUGGUCGGGAGCGAGCAAGGAUACCUGUCCAUCCGAGACCUCUACAGCCUGUCCCUGAGCGCCGAGCCCAUGGCCAUGCGGGUGCCCGUUCGCUGCGUCUCCGUCACCAAGGAGCAGAGCCACGUGCUGGUGGGCCUGGAGGACGGCAAGCUGAUCAUCGUGGGCGUGGGCAAGCCGGCGGAGGUAAAGAACUCCCUACGGAAUUACAUCGCUCAGAGCCUGGAGGGGUCGCCGCUCAUGUCCUCCCCGCUGCUCGCCCCGCUCCGAGCUCGCUCGCCAACGCGCCUGCUCCACCAGCGGGACCAGCUGCUGUUUAGUCCUGCCUCCAGCCCACAGAAACCCUAACACACACACACACACACACACACACACACUGAGCAGAACCUAAACUGUUCUUACCUCAUUCAAGAGUGUUUGUUUUAGUUUUGUGCUCUUUAUAAAAAAAAAGAAGCUGUGAAACAAACUAACUAAUGCUCCAGUAAGCCAUAACAGACCAUAAUAAUAAGAGUUAGUGCUAGUAGGCUGUAGUGUUGGGUAUAAACUGGUGUAUAAAUGUAGAAAUCAUCAAGGUUUUUCCAUCUUUUUUUGUUGAAAUCACUCAUGGAUCAUAUCCUUCCUCCUUGUUUCUGCUGACUCUUCCUUCCCCCUUCUCCCUCAUCUUCCUCGGCUCUUCCCAGAUCACCCGGAAGCUGUGGGGCUCCUCCAGCAAGAAGCUGACUCAGAUCUCAGCAGAGAUGGAGUACAACACCCAAACCAACACCUGACCCUCCCUCCCCAUCACCAAAUUCUCAUAAUUUCAUUGUCCCACGGGUUUGGAUGUUGUAGAUCAGUUCCUGCUUUGGUCCGACGGUGCUGGCGCUGUGGUGGCCAAAUCCCAGCCUUUAUCAUUCCUGCAACAUUCUUCACAUCCACCUGCUUUUCUUUGAUUACAAUGUUCACGUGACCCUUUUUUAUGAUCGUGAUUCUUGACCGAUCGACUGCCUGAAGUCUCCCCGAUUUAUGCAGUUUAACUCCAUUCAUCAGAACAAACUCUGACUUUUCUGUUUGUUUAUAGGAAUAAACACAAGUUAGUGUUUUUUUUUUUUUUUUUUUUGUUUAUUUAUUCUGAUAAAUCCGCUCACAUUUGCAGCUCUUGGUGUUUAACUUCGUUUCGUUCACACAGAAAGGACACUAACCUUCCGUCUGGAGAGAAAACCUCACCAGAUGGUUUUAAGUUACUUGAAUCCACGUUUUAUUUAUAAGGAGCUUGUUUGAAAUCAAUUAUCUUCUCUUGUAGACUUCAGCAUAUUUAAACAAACUCGCGAAGGAGAGAGGAAAUCCUCAAGGGCUUAACGAGAUGUCAGUGUUAGUAGCAAUACUUUGUCUCAGAUUUCUAUUUCCAGUCUUCCUGAAUCUCAGCUUGGGGCAUAAAUCCACCCUUAAAUAUAUAUUUAAAUCUUGUUUGUGCACAUUGUGACUGAUUAUUUAAUUUUUGUUUGUUUUUGUGCAGAAUUAAGCAGUUGUGUUUGUUUUUUAUGUUUCAUACUACACGAUUCUGUAUUUAUUUUUUUUUAUUUAAACGUCACAGCGAGACGAUUGUCUUGAGAAGAUUUCUGUGAAAGGUGCUUCAGAUGUUUAUUUUAUUUUAUUUUUUAUUUACCCAUGUUUGACCUUAAAAUAAAAGACCACUGUUUGAGUUCCUCCAACAACUACGACAAACGGAGUGCCUUUACCCCAACGCUAAAGCUCGAUUUUUACUAAUUUCACCAAAAGCUGCAUUCCAUGCCCUCAAACCUCCACAGGAAGCAAGAAAAUCGGACUUAAAACACAAACCCAAAAGUGUGUGUGUAUGCGCGUCUUAGCUGCAUCGUCCACCAAAACGGAUGUGUGUAUAUCUGAUUAUUUAUGAAUACAGCAAAUAUAGUGUACAGCAUGAUUUUUAUUUUGUCGUCCCUGUUUUGCACUUUCCAGGUACUUAAAUUGUAACGUUGUUUUAACUUGCCUCUAAUCUGUACAAACCUGCUUUGUAUCCACACGAGGAAAAUUACCAUUAAAGUCUUGUUCUAAAAUUUAAA